AUGGACGGCCAAAAAACUCCCUUUGUCAGGGAGCUCGGUUCAAGUGAACGCAAAGUCCGCGACAAGGCCCUCAAUUCCUUAACCCAAUUCGUGCGCUCCCGCACCGAUCUGACCCUCGUCGACCUCCUCAAAUUGUGGAAAGGCCUGUUCUACUGCUUCUACCACUCCGACCGACCCCUAACACAACAAGCCCUCGCCCGCGCGCUCUCUUACACCCUCGUCCCCUCCCUGCCUCACCAAACCCUGCACCGAUUCCUGCGCGCCUUCUGGAUCACCAUCGGCCGCGACUUCCACGCACUAGACCGCAUCCGUCUGGACAAGUACCUGAUGCUGAUCCGUUUCUAUGUCGGUGUUGCAUUUGAGGUCCUGCUGAAGAACGAGUCGGCAAAGAGCGACGGGAAAAAGCGCAAGAGGGACGAUGCUGCUAAGGGUCGUGGGAAGAAGUUGAAGAAGCAGGAUGAGGAUGAGACUGAAGCUGCGGAUGAGAAGGAAGAGGAAGAGGGAGACGAUCUUGAGGCUAAAUACCCUGAUCUGGCGGCUUAUAUUGCUAUCAUUGAGGAGGGUCCGCUUUGUCCUUUGAACUAUGAUGAGGAUCAGGAUACGGAGGAGGGGGAUCCGAAUUAUGUUCCUAUGCCGCAUGGUCCGGAUGGACUGCGGUACCAUCUUAUUGAUAUUUGGAUUGAUGAGUUGGAGAAGGUUCUGGAGUUUGAGGAGGUGGAGACCGAAGGUGAGGAGACGAAACGGAAGAUUAAGGGUGAUGUGCCUAUGGAGCUUAUUCUGAGGCCGUUGGAGAAGCUGCGCGCUGAGAGUGCUUACAAGCCUGUUCGGACGAGGGCUGCGGAGGCUUUGCAGGAUGAGCGGUUGUUUGAGUGGGGAGUGAGGACGAGGGAGGUUGAGGAGGAGGACGAGGAUGAGGAGGAAUGGGGUGGUUUUGAGUGA